AUGCGGUUAGAGGAACCCGGGUUUUACCCAGAUGGUUAUCCAGUCAAUUCAAAUAGUGGAACCCAAGGUAGCGGUGGCAGUAGUGGUGGAGAUGGUGGUAGUGGUAAAGGUGGCGGUGGUGGUGGUGGCGACGAUAGUAGUGGUGGUAGUGACUGCAGUGGCUGUGACGAUGGUGAUGGUGAAGACAUGGUGGCGGCGGUGUAUGGCGGCGGCGACAACGGUAGUGGUGGUGGUGGCGACGACAGUUGCUGCGACAAUGGUGUUGAUGAUGACAUGGUUGUGGCGGUGGCGGCAGUAGUGGUAAUGAUGGUGGCGGUGGCAGCGAUGGUAGUGGUGGUGGUGACAGAAGUGGCUGCGACGAAGGUGAUGGUGAUGAAAUGGUGGCGGUGGUGUAGUGGUGGCGGUAAUGGUGGCAGCGGCGACGAUGACGUUAGUAGUGGUGGUGGCGGGAGUGGCUACAAUGAUGGUGGUGGUGGUUGGUGA